GCCACAGCCUUACCACAUGAUGCGUUGUUUUUAAAGGAGGAUGUCGCCACCAUGGUAGCCUUUGCUGUCACUCAGACGCUCCUCAUCUCAAUCAUUCCUUCCGGCACCCCGAUCAAUGCGCAAGUACAAAGACCCAUACGAAGUGCGCUCCCAACCAUUGUGAAAUACUCCAUGUGCCGCCCAUGAGUCCCCAGCUUUUGAAGCGUUUGUCCGAAAGACUUCAGCCAGGGUCAAUGGUCUGCGAGGAAAUUCGCCAGGCUUCGCUAGAGUCACUCUUACCGGAACCUGAGGAUGCUCAGCGUUUUGCGACUGCACAGUCUUGCAAAGAUGUGUGGAUAGCUUACAGAAGAUCGCACGAUAUGUCAUUCCUCAACUUGGUCUCAAAAAGGCUGGGUUGGUCGCAGGACGUCAAGAGGAGGAUACACAAAGACCGACUGAACAGCCUGUCUGCUUUGAUGUGGUUGGUAGAUGAUUUGAAGAAAUUUGAGAAGCUUGUUAAGUUGUUUCGGCUCGAGGAAGAAGACGUUGAAAUCCAAGGGAACAAGGCCUUUGAGAAUAUCAAGGUCGUGGCUCGCGACCGUAUUGAUGACAACGCUUUGCAUGAAAUCCGGAAGAUACUCUGCAAGAAAACAAGAGACGUCAUCGAAAUGAACAAUGCUGUCGAGGAAGCACAGCAAAUAUUCUAUCCUAUUCGAAUAUCAUCUGUUGAAGACACACAGCGAAAUCUUCCGCGCGGGAGACGAUUGCCGCUGCUGGAAAGCUUGCGCAUUUAUCCUACGUUAUCGAACGUAAAAGGAGCGGAUAUAAGAUCGGAAUCGCCAGAAAAAGCAGUGUAUACUGUGAGAGUUGUCGAGGCUUAUUUGCCUCCACAUUCUCCCACUGUCUUUCGCGUCGCAAUCAAGAAAGCCAAACUAUUGAAAGUGACCAAAGAGAUAUCUGCCUUGACCAAAAUUGCCCAAUGCAUUUCGAGACCUGACAGUAUUAUGGCCUCUCUUGGAGCAGUUCGGAUAGAUAAUUGGUGUUACAUUUUUUCUGAGCUAGCAGACUGUGACCUCGAAAUGAUUCUGCUCCAACAACUCGUCAUCGACCUGGAAGAUGAGCCACCUGGACCAAGUGGCCUCACAUGGCCCUCUUAUUUCCUCGAUGGAUCACUUGACAUUGCCAAAGGUCUGGAGUGGCUUCAUUACCAUAUACCCCCCCUGGAAGGUCAGCCUCAGCAGUGCUUCCAUCUAGACCUCAAGCCAAAUAACAUUUUGGUGUUCGGGGCUGAAAAAUCUUGGAUAUGGAAGAUCACAGACUUCGGCGAGGCGUCUUUUUGGGUUCAUAAUGAGAGAGUCAUCAGCGGUGAAUGGAGCCCGUACACCAACACUACUCGCCCGGCUGACAUCUACCAAGCUCCAGAGGUAGAAAGGCAUGAAGUGGGCCGAGCCUGUGACAUCUGGUCAUUUGGCUGCAUUUUAACCGACAUUCUGGUCUACGUCUGCGAUCCGAGAGGCGGUGUGAGAGCGCUUCAUAGAGCUCUAGAAAAUGCUCGUGAGACAAGCGAGCAAGAGCGGCUCGCUUUCUAUGGGCGGGAAGAAGGAACCGGCACCCCCUCUCUCAAACGCGAAGUGGUUGAGAUAUUGAACGACAUGACAACAUCCAAUGUUCCCUGGGUUCCCCCAUGCAGAGAUAUGGUCUUGGAACUGCUUCAGAGUGACGAAAGCGCGAGGCCCUCGGCUAUCAUGGUCAACAACGAAAUACAAAACUUGUUCGACCAUUUUGCUAGUGAAGGGUACUCACAGCCUCGAAUCCCGAAACUUUACGCGCAUCAUCCAGAGGGUCUAUCAUUGUCACCACUCCUGAAGUCGUUCAGCAACAGAUCAUCUCCGCUAUGGACCAAGCGAUACGUCUCGAAGGUCAACGCCAAGAAUAUCUUUAUCGCAGAGAACGAGGCAUGGUUGAUCUACCAGAGCUCCGAAAGCAUCGGCUCUGUGCGGCUUACUGAAGCUGCGCUCUGGGACAAUGACGAAGGACUUCCGCAAUUCCAAACGCUGUUUCCAGAUCUUACAGAGAUGAAGAGCAUCAAAUUUGUGAGCAAUUCAGGCGCAUACUUGGCAAUCCUGCGCGAUGGCGCAUCCAGAAAUAAAUACAUUAUCAUGGUGCAACAUCUUGGCCAAGAAACAGAUCCCGAGAAAGUCGUGCUUGAGUCAAGGUCUCCGCCCUUCGGCCUAUCCAAUUCCCGUGAUGGCCAUAUUCUGGUCCGCUUCCGAGACCACGUUCGGCUGUACUGCCGAAAUCAUACAGGGUCAAGAAAAUCUUAUGACAAAAAGUUGGUCUCCGAACUAGAAACUGCAUGCUUCAGUGGAGAUGGUAAGUAUGUCUACGCGUGGUCCGUCGCAGACCAAGGUCCAGAAGGAGCAAGAAGUAGAUUCUGGUAUGUCUGGGAAACAGCGAGUUGGAUUACUGAGGAUCCCCCCCCCGUGCCGCUCGAAUGCCAAAAACCAUGGACUAAUCGGCACAAUACGCCUGGUGUUCCGUGUCGCGAGAUCGUGGUACCACUGGAUGGAAUACCUUAUCACUUCGAUAAUGGUGACCCACAAGGCGUUCCUGUGUUGCUCCAUUUCCUGAGUUUCGAUGAUCUCGGUCAUGUCACCCUUGUGUUCACCCGAUCAGGCUCUCUACAUUCCGUCCAGCUUCAGGAUCGUAUCACCGGUGUGUACCAAGCCUGUGCCUUACUCGAGAGUCACAAGCCAAGGGUAUUCCUCGUGCGCAGUAAGAGUGGGCGAGGCUUCAGGGUCCAAUCUUUUGCCCUCUCGGAUAUCCUGACAUCGACUUGGUAUCCGAGAUCACUCGAUGAUACACCAAAACUCGCAGAGGUAAACAUGCUUACCAUGUUGACAGAGAACUUCGAUACAUGCAAUAUCAGCUUUGUAGUGAGUCACUCGGAAGUUGGAAGUAUGGCUUACGCAGCUGGAACCGAGGAUCGAAGAAUGGUUGUAUACAAGGCCAAACUUCGAUGAGUAUGGCCUACUUCUGAAUAAUCAGGCAUCCAUCAAUGCUUCAAGAUUCUGCCAGAAGAUGUUGACUAAUUGCGCCAUACCAAUGAAUGCUCAAGCCUUUUCCAAAUUGUCUAAGCUGUGGGCCUGCGCUUUGUUUUUCUGAUGCCUGACCGCCAACCACCACGCCAUGCCCGUCAGAAUGGUUAAAG